AUGUCCUGGCUAGGCAAAAUCAGGAUCCUGGUGAUCCGCUGCAGUGAUGGCGCCCGGCUGGACAUUCCCAGCCUGUGGGCCCCGUCUGAGCGGGCCGUGGUGGUGUGGGCGCGCACGUUCGGCUGCCCCUUCUGCUGGGAGCUAGCGACCCAGCUUCGGAGGGACAUCAAGCCCGUGCUGGACAAGCAGGGCACGAAGCUUUACCUGGUGGCAAGCUUCCCCUCAGACUGUCUGCUGGCCGACCCGGACGGCGCCACUUAUGCGGCGCUGGGGCUGGUCAAGGGCGUGCGGCAGACUUUCUUCUCGGAAAAGACGCCCAUGGCGCUGCUCAAGCGCGCCCAGAAGCAGGGCGGCAUGGCCGACCUCCGAGAGCUGCUGCCACGCUGGAAGCCCUGGCAGCCACCAAAGCUGGAUCAGGCGCUGCAGCAGGGCGGCAUCUUUGUGUUUGAUGGUGAUCGCGUUGCCUACAGCCACUACGACCAGGCCACUGGAGCGCAUGCAGACAUGGGGGGUGUGUUGGACCUCCUGGCCGGGCUGGUGGCGACCAGCGAGGCGAGCGCCGAGCAGUGCGCAGCCGCGGGAGGCAGCUGA